AUGGCCCAUGCAUCCUAUCUUGAUUGGGAAGGUGAUGUCAAAUACAUGAAACAUCUGCUUCAACCAGGGGCGAACCCACAUAGAGUCAUUCAGAGCAUCCACAACCUUAAAAUCUUAGAUCCGCCACUGGCUUCAACUAGUACAACUUUAUUUGAUAUCAAAUUUGAUAAUGGACGGAGGCAAAUUCCUUGUUUUGAAGUUGAUGAUGUAACGGAGACCCUUCUGAGAAAUCUCAUAGCCUAUAAGCAACUGACAUAUGAUGUACUUCGUAAACAUUUCAAUGAAUUUGUUGUGUUCAUGGAUUAUCUUAUCGACUCAGACAAAUAUGUGAAUGUGCUUCGUCGAAAGGGAAUCAUAAGCAAUCAACUAGGAGAAGUCAAUCAAAUAGAAGAAGGGAGGAAAGUGGAUCAUUCAAUCGACAUAAAUGAAAGAAUUGAUGAAAUGUUUGAGGAUUUAGACAAUUCAUCUAUUAAAUCGUGUACGAUAUUUAAAGUAAAUGUGUGGCUACGUGAAUCAAAUCCAGAUGCAUAUACACCAAAGAUAGUCUCUAUUGGUCCUUACCAUAAGAAGAAUACUCAACUUGGUCUAAUGAAAAUGUACAAACUAUUAUACCUACGACGAUUUCUGAAACGAAAUGAGAGACUUGAUGUGAAAAGUUACAUCAGUGAAUUGGAGAAAGUGAAGGAGAAAGUACUGAAGUGUUACGAAGAUAUAGAAAAGCUUGGUAAUGAUAGUCAUGAAUUUUGCGAAAUGUUGGUGUUUGAUGGUUGUUUUGUGGUUGAGUUUAUUCGAGAGUGUUGUGGAAUAUAUCAAGAAGGAGAAGACAAGAUUAUUAAUGUUAAUCAUAGUUACAUAUUCCGAGACUUGAUGUUACUAGAAAAUCAACUUCCUUUCUUUGUACUCAACAAACUUCAUCUCAUGACAAAAAAAGAUGGUGAAUUACCAUUGGCAAUACUGGUGAAUACGUUUUUUACCUUUUUUGUUAACUGGCCUAAAAUGACCCUUGAAUCCUUUGGAGAGACAGAAUAUUGUAAUGUAGAAAAUAUCAAACAUUUACUUCAUGUAGUACACAUAUUUUCAUGUCAUGGGAAUCCCAUGAAAAACUCAACAGAUUACUUAACGAGUCCUACGGUCAUGCCAAAUGCAACAGAGCUUUCUGAAGCUGGAGUUAGCUAUGCAAAGGUUAGAAAUAUGACAAGUUUAUUUGAUAUAAAGUUUGAGAAUGGAUUGAUGUCAAUCCCUUAUUUUCUGGUCGUAGAUGGUACAGAAACUCUGCUGCGAAAUCUCAUUGCUUAUGAGCAACAAUCAUGUGAUGUAUAUCCUUCAUAUUUUAGCGAUUAUGCAACUUUCAUGGAUCAUCUUAUCGACUCAGACAAAGAUGUGAAUUUGCUUUGCCAGAAAGGAAUCAUAGAGAACUGGAUAGGAGAGGACAAAGAAGUUGCUAGCCUCUUCAACAAAAUCGGAAAAGGGGUCACUACGUAUUCCAACUUCUAUUACAAAGAAGAAAUCAAAAAAGCAAUUGAAUAUCGUGAAAAACCAUGGAAUAGAAUGAAGGCAAAUUUAAUGCGCAAUUAUUUUAGUAGUCCUUGGGUAGGAGCUUCAACUGUGGCAGCCAUUAUACUCCUCAUACUCACAACUAUACAAACUAUUUUAACUUUCACAGGUCCUAUUAAAAAGUAAUUAUCUCAAUUGUAGUGUUUCCUCACAACUCCCUCCAUGUAUUUUAUAUGUGUGUUGAUGAUCUUAUUAUGAGUUCUUCAUUAAUUCUAUG